AUGGCGGUGAUCAAGGUAUGGGUGUCCAUGGCACUGAUGUGCGUUAGUGUAGGGAUUGGAGCUGAUGAUGACGCUUCCGGCGGCGGUGGCCUUAGCCUGAGCUCGCCGAACUACCACGGCUCGUUGGCGAAGGCCAUCCUGUUCUUCGAGGGGCAGCGGUCGGGGAGGCUGCCGGCGAACCAGAGGGUGAAGUGGCGUGGGAACUCGGCGCUCACCGACGGCCAAGGCGAAAACGUGAACUUGACUGGCGGCUACUACGACGCCGGUGACAACGUCAAGUUCGGCUUCCCGAUGGCGUUCACCGUCACCCUCCUGAGCUGGAGCGCCCUCGAAUACCGCAAUGAGGUGGCGGCGGCAGGGCAGCUCAGCCAUCUCCGGUCGGCGAUCCACUGGGGCGCCGACUUCCUCCUCCGUGCCCACACCUCUCCGACCACCCUCUACACUCAGGUUGGCGAUGGCAACGCCGACCACCAGUGCUGGGAGCGGCCGGAGGACAUGGACACGCCGAGGACGCUGUACAAGAUCACUGAGAACUUGCCUGGGUCCGAGGCCGCUGGCGAGGCGGCGGCGGCGCUCGCCGCAGCGUACAUGGUGUUCAAGGACGACAGGGACAAGACCUUCGCCACGCAGCUCCUGGCCGCGUCCAGAUCCCUCUUCGACUUCGCCAACAACUACAGGGGAUCCUUCCAGUCCUCCUGCCCAUUCUACUGCUCCUACUCAGGCUUUCAGGAUGAGCUCCUCUGGGCCUCGGCAUGGCUCUUCCGGGCAACGAAAGACGGCAAGUACCUCGACUUCCUGCAAAACAACCAGGGCGGAACUGCAACCGAAUUUAGCUGGGACAACAAGUAUGUUGGAGCUCAGAUGCUUGCAACACAGGAGUACUUGGCUGGAAGGACAGAGCUGGAAAGCUACAAGAGAGGCCUGGACUCUUUUGUCUGCGCCGUGAUGCCGAACAGCGGCAAUGUGCAGAUUCGCACCACUCCUGGAGGGCUUCUAUUCACACGCGACUCGAUCAAUCUACAGUACACGACGACUGCAACCCUGCUGCUGUUCAUAUACUCGAAAACACUGAGUUCUUCAGGCUCCAGCGGAGUCCAGUGCAGCGCUGCAAGUUUUUCUCCAUAUCAGAUCAGGUCAUUUGCCGCAUCACAGGUGGAUUACAUCCUGGGGAAGAACCCGAUGGGGAUGUCCUACAUGGUAGGAUUUGGCACAAAGUUCGCAAGGCGCAUCCACCACCGUGGCUCAUCGAUCCCAUCAAUCAAGGUUCUCCCAAGGAAAGUCACCUGUAACGAGGGGUUCUCAUCAUGGUUUCCGACGAGCAACCUGAACCCAAACAUCCAUGUCGGUGCCAUCGUCGGAGGACCUGAUGGGAACGACCAGUUCAGAGAUAACAGGGGCGAUUCCACGCACUCUGAGCCGGCGACAUACAUCAAUGCAGCCUUUGUGGGUGCUUGUGCUGCUGCUAUGGGGCAGAAGCAGCUGGAGGAGCCCGUGGAUGACCUAGCGUCAAUGAUAUCAUAUUACUAG